GGACAGUGUAUUGUAAGAAAAAAAAAAUAUUUCUUCCUUAUUCCACUAAUUAUUUUUUGGAUUGUGCGGAAGGAAAGAAAUGUAAGAGCUUUUGAGGGCAUAGAGACUAAUAUUACAAAAAUUAAAAAUAAGUUGAUCCAUAUUUUUGGUUCUAUUUUGUUAGGUCAUGAUCUCAUAGAUUGGGAUGAUUUUUGUUGGGUCAUGCGCCACUUAACAGAUUUGUAAUAUAUACUUUGUACAUGGGCGGUACUUCCUUGGUAUCUUUGUGAAUAAUAUUUCUUGUCUUAUAUUUAAAAAAAAAAGGAUAUUUCUGCAGAAGAAAAAAAACAAAAGCUUUCAGGAUUUCAGAUUUGAGUUGUGUGGUAAAAUGUGUUGUUGAACUGUGCUAGGUGUGAGUUGAUUUCGAAUGGUGAAGGUUCUGCUAUUACUGGAUUGAAUUGCUAAUAUAUGCUCCUUGUUCUGACACUUAAGAGUGCAAGUGAACAUGUCCAAGAGCAUUUUGUGGAAUAUUAUAAAUUUUUGUGAUAUUUCUAGUGUUGUUUUUGGAGUUAUACAGAUUUGUUGAAUGUUCUGCAGAUUAAUCAAUACCUAGGUUUAUACGCUCGCUCCGGUGUUCUCCCUAGCAAGCUUUACCAAGGAAAAGAUUUGGAGGGCAGAACUGGGGCCAAGUACAUAAUUUUAGAUUCAAUUGCUGUUUCAUAUGUGUUGAUGCUGCCACUCCUGUACUGGACCAUUAUGUGGAACAAAGAGUAGACUGCAUGAUAGAUUCUGGAUUACUUAAUGAAGUCUAUGACAUUUACAAUCUAAAUGCGGAUUAUACAAAAGAUCCCAAAGGACAACGGUGACAAGGUGUUGAAAGAGAAAAUGAGGGCCAUCCUGAAUUCCCCAAGAGAUAAUAAACAAAAAAUUCUGUUGGAAGAAGCAAUUAACAAAGUUAAAUUGAAUACUAGAAGGCUAGUUCAUCGUCAGAAGAGGAGGGUCAAUCGACUGCAAACAUUUUUUGGUUGGAACAUACAUUAUGUUGAUGCUACAGAAUACGUAUCACGCAAAUCUGAUGAAUCAUGGGUUGCACAAGUGGUUGAACCUGCUGUGAUGAUCAUCAAAUCUUUCUUGAAUGAGAACUUAAGAUCAGUAUUUGACUUGGAGGCACCAAAUAGUGCAGUGGUGGAACCAGUACAAAGAGAUUUAUGGACUCAGUACGUUUGCCAGGUGAGCAAAAUCUGA